AUGUGUUGUAACUAUUACAGCAACUCCUGUGGCACUGGCUAUGGCUGUGGAUAUGGCUCUGGCUCUGGCUGUGGAUAUGGCUCUGGCUCUGGCUGUGGAUAUGGCUGUGGAUAUGGCUCUGGCUAUGGCUGUGGAUACGGCUCUGGCUAUGGCUGUGGAUACGGCUCUGGCUAUGGCUGUGGAUACGGCUCUGGCUAUGGCUGUGGAUAUGGCUCUGGCUAUGGCUGUGGAUAUGGCUCUGGCUAUGGCUGUGGAUAUGGCUCUGGCUAUGGCUGUGGAUAUGGCUCUAGCUAUGGCUGUGGAUACGGCUCUGGCUAUGGUUGUGGAUAUGGUUCCAGGUCUGGCUGCUGUGGCUACCAACCAUCUUGCUACAGAAGAUGCUAUUCUUGCUGUUAG